AUGUCUUUAAGUUUACAAUCAGUUAUAGCUCCAUUGCCUGCUACUGAACGUAAUUUUACUACUCAUCUAUCUUAUGAUGAGGCCACCAAUUCCAUUGCGUAUCCAUGUGGUAAGUCUGCCUUUGUUAGAUCAUUUGAUGACGAUAGUGUGGUUCAAUUCACUGGACAUACUUCUGCAAAUGUAACAGUUGUUAAGUUUUCUCCAAUUAAAAACUCCCAAUAUUUAUGUUCUGGUGAUAGUUCUGGUAAAGUAAUUGUUUGGGGUUGGAGCCGUGACCCUGAAACGAAGUUAGUCGAUAUUAAUAUUAAAUCUGAGUUCCAAGUCUUAGCUGGUCCUGUCACCGAUAUUUCUUGGGAUUUUGAAGGUAAAAGAUUAUGUAUUGUCGGUGAAGGCCGUGACAGUUUUGGUGCUUUCCUUUCUUGGGAUUCUGGGAAUUCCUUAGGUGAAUUAUCUGGUCAUUCAAAGAGAAUCAACGCCUGUCAUUUCAAACAAUCAAGACCAAUGAGAUGUAUCACUGUAGGUGAUGAUAGUAGUGUGGUGUUUUUCCAAGGUCCACCUUUUAAGUUUAGUUCAAGUGAUAGAACACAUCACGAUCAAGGUAAAUUUAUCAGAGAUGUCCAAUUUUCACCAAAUUCUGGAGAUUUUGCUGUCACUGUUGGUUCUGACAGAAAAAUCUGUUGCUUUGAUGGUAAAACAGGUGAAUUCAUCAAAUACAUAGAAGAUCCAAAUGAAGAAAUAACUGCUGGUAUUUUUGCUUUAAGUUUUGUCGACGAAACUAAAUUCGUUACUGCUAGUGCAGAUGCUGUCAUUAGGUUAUAUGAUAUUAAUGAAUCAAAAGUUUUACAAAAAUGGAGUUUACCAGAAAAAAGUGUUGCAAACCAAUUAGUUGGUGUUGUAACAGCCAAGGGUGGUCAAAUCAUUGCUUUAAGUUUAGAUGGUAAACUAAAUAUUUUUAAGAUUGGUGAAAGCGAUGCUAUUAGAACUAUUAAAGGUCACAAUAAAGGUAUUACUGCACUAGCCGUUAACCCACUAAUUUCAGGUUCCUACGAUGGCAGAGUUAUUGAAUGGUCUGAUGACAACUCUAAAAUUAAACAAAAUGAUGAACAUAAUAAUUUAGUUGUUUCUAUAGAUAAUAGCGAUGCAACUCAAAUUGCUACCGUAUCGUGGGAUGACACUUUAAGAGUGAAUGCAACUGUUAAGCAUAACUUUGCAUCACAACCAAUGGUAGCCACUUCUGAUGAUAAAAAUAGUGUCACUGCUGUCAUUACUGCUGAUGAUAUUUUAUAUGUUGUCAACUCUCAAAGUGGUGAAAUUGUUCAAGAAAAACAAUUAGCUGAUACUGCCACAGCAGUUGGUUUGACUGGAAGUUUAGUCGCCGUUGGUUAUGAAAAAUCAAGAGAAAUUGAAGUCUUCAAAUCAUCUGAUUUGAAUGAAUCCUAUAAACUAACUCAACCACUACAGGCCACCCCAUCUUGUUUAUCUAUAUCACCAUCUGGUUCCUAUUUAGCUGCCGGUGACGUCAUGGGUAAAAUCGUUCUAUAUGAAUUAAGCACAAAAUCAGUUAAGACCUCUAGAUGGAGUUUCCAUACAUCACAAAUUACUUCUAUUGAAUGGAGACCAACUGAUGAAGAUGACGAGGAUUAUGUAGUUACAGGUUCUACCGACACAAACAUCAUUAUUUAUUCUGUCAAGAGAACAAUGAAGACCAUAAAAUACCUGAAUGCUCAUAAAGGAGGUGUUACUUGUGUGAAAUGGAAAGAUGGAGAAACGGUUGUUAGUGCUGGUACAGACGCUUGUAUUAAACAAUGGUCAGUAGAUUUCAGUUAA